GGUCUUGAGGCAAAAGAAUCGGAAGAUCUGAACCCAUCAUCAACUUGAUGUUGAACCCCACAUGAGGCGGACGGACCCACCACACACCAUUUGAGUUAAGCGCGAGCAAACGCUUAGGUAAUCCAGCUCGCAAUCAACACCAAAAAUUUCCAUCGAAACGCCCGCUCUUGCGACGAUUUUCCCGACCGACCGACCGACCUCAUCGCCCAAUUCCAUCGCCUAGCGCCCGCACCCAAGUCCGCCCUUCUCCCUCACUACCCCAAUCAAUACCGCAAAAAUGGCCGGUGGAAUCAACGUCCGCGAUGUCGAUGCGCAGAAGUUCAUCAACGCGUAUGCCGCUUUCUUGAAGCGUCAGGGCAAGCUGCCCAUCCCCGGUUGGGUUGACAUCGUCAAGACCGGCCCCGCCAAGGAGCUCCCUCCCCAGAACAUUGACUGGUUCUACGUCCGUGCCGCCUCCGUCGCCCGCCACAUCUACCUCCGCAAGACCGUCGGUGUCGGCCGUCUCCGCAAGGUCCACGGCUCCGCCAAGAACCGCGGUGUCCGCCCCUCCCACCACGUCGACGCCUCCGGCUCCGUCGACCGCAAGAUCGUCCAGGCCCUCGAGAAGAUUGGUGUCCUUGAGCAGGACGAGGAGAAGGGUGGCCGCCGCAUCACCCAGUCCGGCCAGCGUGACUUGGACCGUAUCGCCCAGACCACUGCCGAGGCUGAGGAGGAGGAGGAUGACGAGUAAACUAUUCCCAACCCUCGCGCAUAUUAUUCAUAAAAUGAAAUGCUUGUGGUAAAAAAAUGAGGUUCUUCCGGGUCAUGGCUACGGCAACAUAAAAAAGGGCAUUGGGUUAGGCGUCUGAAAAUGGAUUACGGGUUUCAUGAUUGACCACCACAUUUGGAACCGCACCCAAAUUCAAGUUCCGUCUUCACCUGGUGCUUUGUCGUAUUCUCAUUGCCAUCCUGACAUGUAGUGCUGCGUGCCGUCAGAAUCCACGCCCUGGACUUUGGCUAUCCCUCGCUGUCAUAUUGGUCAUGAAGUGAUGCCGUCGUACCCUUCUUGCUUGCUUUCCACACGCGUCUGUGAUUCACUGACGGCCCUCCCUUCCCAUCUGUUUUCAUCCUUCCC